AUGGGGGUGCUGGUGGUCAUGGUCGGGGCUAAGUGUACCAACUGUGUGGAGGACGAGACGGCCAUGGCCCGGGUGAUGAUCGCAGCGGGGGUGGCGAUCAUCACCCGGGCCAUGGCCGUCUCGUCCUCCACACAGUUGGUACACUUAGCCCCGACCAUGACCACCAGCACCCCCAUGAUGCCCACAACUAUAGAGAUGACUGUGAGGGCUCGGGCUGCCUGCAGGUCGGAGCUGAGGGCCAGCAUGGAGUCAUACACCUGUCGUGACAUGACUUAAUAUUAAUCUGAUCCCUGACCCAGCUGAUCCCUGUCUCCUGGUCAGCCAACAGCAUCAUCAUGGAGUUCUAUAGUCCCAUCACUCCUGAGGCUCAGAAGAGGGAGAUUGGAGGGGCUCUCUACCUGGGCUGGGCUACAGCCGCGUUUCUCCUCAUCGGGGGUGCAUCCUGUGCUGUAGUUGCCCCCCACAGCCUGAGAAGAGGUAUGCAGGGCCGCCCUCGCGGAUUCUGUACUCCCCAACCAGGUCUGUGGCCCCCAGCGGCUAUGACAAAAUAGACUAUGUUUGAACUGACCUGGGUAUCUGGCAGCAGCUGCUUUCUGCUCACAUUUUUCCCACAGUGGAUGAAGGACAUCUGAUACCAACCUUGAAUUCAAGAACAGAUCAAAUGGGGGUGAUUUCUACCAAAACAUUUUUGUUAUAUGUUUUGACAUUAAGAAAAUACUGCUUUUUCACUGGAUCAUUUGUUGAAGAGGAACAACACCAAACUGGACUUUAUGUGCUUUUAUUUCAUACUGUAUACCUAAUUAAAACAUACAUAGGUGUUGUAAAUAUUGUAUUGGAAUCUUAAUAUUUGAAUGAAUAACUACUUAUGUUGUGCAUACAGUGCCUUCGGAAAUGUUCAGACCCCUUGACUUUUUCCACAUUUAGUUACGUUACAGCCUUAUUCUAAAAUGGAUGAAAUACUGUCACACCCUGAUCGGUUUCACCUGUCUUGUGCUUGUCUCCACCCCCCACCAGGUGUCUCCCAUUUGUCCCCAUUAUCCCCUGUGUAUUUAUACCAGUGUUUUCUGUUUGUUUGUUGUAAGUUUGUCUUGUCUCGUCAAGCUUACCUGCGGUUUUCCCGUACGCCUGAUUUGCUCUAGUCCAUGUUUUCCAGUUUUUCCCGGUUUUUCCCUUUCUGCCUGCCCUGACCCUGAGCAUGCCUGCCAUUCUGUACCUUGUGACACUGUUCUAGAUUACCGACCUCAGCCUGCCCCGACCCUGAGCCUGCCUGCCGUUUCUGUACCUUUCGGACUCUGCUCUAGAUUACUGACCUCUGCCUGCCCUUGACCUGUCGUUUGCCUGCCCCCUGUUUUUAUAAAUAAACUUUUUGCUAUUUUGAACUGUCUGCAUCUGGGUCUUAUCCUGAGCCUUGAUAAAAUACUUUUUUUUCUCCUGAGCAAUCUACACACAAUACCACAUAAUGACAAAGCAAAAACAGGUAUUUAGACAUUUUUGCAAAUUUAUUGGAGAAAGAAAACAGAAAUACCUUAUUAACAUAAGUAUUCAGACCCUUUGCUAUGACACUCGGAAUUGAGCUCAGAUGCAUCCUGUUUCCAUUGAUCAUCCUUGAGAUGUUUCUACAACUUGAUUGGAGUCCACCUGUUGUAAUUUAAUUGAUUGGACAUGAUUUGGAAAGGCACACACCUGUCUAUAUAAGGUCCCACAAGUGACAAUGCAUGUCAGAGCAAAGACCAAGCCAUGAGGUCGGAGGAAUUGUCCGUAGAGCUCCGAGACAGGAUUGUGUCGAGGCACAGAUCUGGGGAAGGGUACCAAAACAUUUCUGCAGCAUUGAAAGUCCCCAAGAACACAGUGCCCUCCAUCGUUCUUAAAUGGAGGACGUUUGGAACCACCAAGACUCUUCCUAGAGCUUGCCGCGUGGCCAAACUGAGCAAUCGGGAGAGAAGGGCCUUGGUCAGGGAGGUGACCAAGAACCCGAUGGUCACUCUGACGGAGCUCUUGAGUUAAUCUGUGGAGAUGGGUAAACCUUCCAAAAGGACAACCAUCUCUGCAGCACUCCACCAAUCAGGCCUUUAUGGUAGAGUGGCCAGGUGGAAGCCACUCCUCAGUAAAAGGCACAUGACAUCCCGCUAGGAGUUUGCCAAAAGGCACCUAAAGAACCUCUGACCAUGAGAAACAAGAUUCUCUGGUCUGAAACCAAGAUUGUUUUUCAGCGGCAGGGACUGGGAGACUAGUCAGGAUGGAGGGAAAGAUUAACGGAGCAAAGUAUAGAGAGAUCCUUGAUGAAAACCUGUUCCAGAGCACUCAGGACCUCAGACUGGGGCUAAGGUUCACCUUCCAACAGGACAAUGAGCCUAAGCACACAGCCAAGACAACGCAGGAGGAGCUUAGGGACAAGUCUCUGAAUGUCCUUGAGUGGCCCAGCCAGAGCCCGGACUUGAUCUAACAUCUCUGGAGAGAUCUGUGCAGCAACACUCCCCAUCCAACCUGACAGAGCUUGAGAGGAUCUGCAGAGAAGAAUGGGAGAAACUCUCCAAAUACAGGUGUGCCAAGCUUGUAGCGUCAUACCCAAGAAGACUCAAUGCUGUAAUCGCUGCCAAAGGUGCUUCAACAGAGUACUGAGUAAAGGGUCUGAAUACUUAUGUAAAUGUGAUAUUUCCGUUUUUUUAUUUUUUAUAAAUUAGCAAAGAUUUCUAAACCUGUUUUUGCUUCGUCAUUAUGGGAUAUUGUAUGAAGAUUGAUAAGGGGGAAAAAAAACAUUUAAUACAUUUUAGAAUAAAGCGGCAACGUAACAAAAUGUGGAAAAAGUCAAGGGGUCUGAAUACUUUCCGAAGGCACUGUAUGUUGGAUAAGAAUGUGCCAAACACUAACAGCUUAACAGCUUUUGUUAAGUGUGAAAAUAUAAAGUAUUUUGAUGUUUAAUGUGUGUCAAUUUCACAAUAAAAACAGUUUCAUAAUACUUUCAUUUUUUCUUCAAAUAUUUUAAUACAAUGAUAGAAAAAUUAAUUGUUGCUAUAUGUUGCAUUAUACAGUACAUUUCAUUAACAUUUGUAAGUGCUUUGCUACAUGAGAAGUGCCACUACAGUGGCUUGCGUAAGUAUUCACCCCCCUUGGCAUUUUUCCUAUUUUGUUGCCUUACAACCUGGAAUUAAAAUGGAUUUUUUGGGGGGGUUUGUAUCAUUUGAUUUACACAACAUGCCUACCACUUUGAAGAUGCAAAAUAUUUUUUAUUGUCAAACAACAAAAAUAAACCCACCCUUAGAAUCAAACUCAGGAUGAUGUACCAAGCUACCAAUCAUCUGCUCUGUUGUGAUUCAAACCUUAUCCUGGAGGUAUUCUGUCUGUGGGUAGCCUUCUCUAGGUGUUCCUAGACAAGUGUUUUUGUAUAGUAAUAUGAGUCUAAGAUUAUAGCCAGUCUCCCUAGAGCUACUGUAUCAUAGACUGGUACUAGGCUGCUGCCAACUGUUAGGCAAAUAAGUAUUUUGCAACAACGAAACUAUGCAUUUCUGAUUCAUUUUGAGUCACAAAGCUGCUCACUCAUAUUUUGUUUGGGUAUGUUACAGUAACUAUAGUAACAGGAGCCAACAUAUACAACAUAAUUAUGUUGAACUUAAUCGUAGCUUUAGUUUUGAUGACAAGGCUUGUGUUGAUGAUGCUUGUCCUCAGACAGCUCUGAAGUCUUCAGUAAACAGAGAUCAGUUUUCUCUUUUUACUUCUCAGUUCCCCUUCGUAUUAGGAAGUAACCACUGAGAUCUUUGAAUGUUUAGUUGACACUUUUUAAGGUAUUUUUGUACUUUGCAUUUAACACCACAUUUAAUGAGCUUUAUACAACUUGCUGGAGGCAAAACAGCAAUAGGGUCAACCUGAAAUCAGGUGUAAACCAGAUCCUCUUUGGACCAUUUCCCUAGACAGACAGACAGCUAUUCAGUAAGACACUUACAGGAUGAUAAUGUUCAGUACAGUUUAACUGUACCUGUACUUCACGUGGCUCCCUUUGGCUGCAAAAACAUUAUACACACCCAUAAACAACUCUGGCUGCAACCUCCCUGUUCUGAUCUGAAAAUGACAUUCUGCAUCUCACAGAAAACAGAGAUUUCAUAAGGUAUUUGGUAAUUUAGGGACUUUCAGUGAUGAUUCAGGGAUGAUAAUUUUCUAGCCUCCCAACAACUUGUAGUGGAGAUCUUCCAAGUGAGAUUGUAUGUGUUCUUAGGUGUUGAUUUCACUAUCAGGUGGGAGGUAUGAGAUACAGAUACAUGGAUUUAAAAUGGAUUUUUGGGGGGUUUUGUAUCAUGUGAUUUAUACAACAUGCCUACCACUUUGAAGAUGCAAAAUCAUUUUUGGGGUGAAACAAACAAGAAAUAAGACAAAAAAAACAGAAAACUUGAGUGUGCUUAACUAUUCACCAACCCCCCCCCCCCCCCCCGCCCCUUGGGGUAUGUCUCUAUAAGCUUGGCACAUCUAGCCACUGGGAUUGUUUCCCAUUCUUCAAGGCAAAACUGCUCCAGCUCCUUCAAGUUGGACGGGUUCCGCUGGUGUACAGCAAUCUUUAAGUCAUACCAGAGAUUCUCAAUUGGAUUGAGGUCUGGGCUUUGACUAGGCCGUUCCAAGACAUUUAACUGUUUCCCCUUAAACCACUCAAGUGUUGCUUUAACAGUAUGCUUAGGGUCAUUGUCCUGCUGGCAGGUGAACCUCCUUCCCAGUCUCAAAUCUCUGGAAGACUGAAACAAGUUUCCCUCAAGAAUUUCCCUGUAUUUAGCGCCAUUUUUUCUGGCCACUCUUCCGUAAAGCCCAGCUCUGUGGAGUGUACAGCUUAAAGUGGUCCUAUGGACAGAUACUCCAAUCUCUGCUGUGGAGCUUUGCAGCUCCUUCAGGGUUAUAUUUGGUCUCUUUGUUGCCUCUCUGAUUAAUGCCCUCCUUGCCUAGUCCGUGAGUUUUGGUGGGCGGCCCUCUCUUGGCAGGUUUGCUGUGGUGCCAUAUUCUUUCAAUUUUUAAAUAAUGGAUUUAAUGGUGCUCCGUGGGAUGUUCAAAGUUUCGGAUAUGUUUAUCAUAACCCAACCCUGAUCUGUACUUCUCCACAACUUUGUCCCGGACAUGUUUGGAGAGCUCCUUGGUCUUCAUGGUGCCGCUUGCUUGGUAGUGCCCCUUGCUUAGUGGUGUUGCAGACUCUGGGGCCUUUCAGAACAGGUUUAUUUUUACUGAGAUCAUGUGACAGAUCAUGUGACACUUAGAUUGCACACAGGUGGACUUUAUUUAACUAAUUAUGUGACUUCUGAAGGUAAUUGGUUGCACCAGAUCUUAUUUAGGGGCUUCAUAGCAAAGGGGGUGACUACAUAUGCACGCACCACUUUUCCAUUAUUUAUUUUUUUGAAUGUUUUGAAACAAGUUAUUUUUUUCAUUUCAUUUCACCAAUUUGGUCUAUUUUGUGUAUGUCCAUUACAUGAAAUCCAAAUGAAAAUCCAUUUAAAUGACAGGUUGUAAUGCAACAAACUAAGAAAAACGCAAGGGGGAUUAAUACUUUUGCAAGGCACUGUAAAUCCUGUAGUACUAGCUAUACAGUUUAUAAGAAAAGUAUGUUUGAAUCUGCUGCCAAACAAAGAUGUAGGCUAAGGCUAACUCUCAACUUAUAUUAGAGAACAGCCUCUGUGUCAUUCAUUCUGCCCAGAUCAGGAAAUAAUAGGCAUUGUCCUUCACUGAUCCUUGGGUAUCCAUGGUAAUGAUGUGUUGAGUUGGAUUAUCUUUCAUAACUGCUAUUGAGGUGGUUUUUUGCAUUGAUAUGUUUAUUUAUUUUUUAUUGGUUUGUCGCUGUUGCUGGGCAAGAACUGAAUUGGUUCCUCUCACUGGGUUUGUGUGUAUGUGAAAUGGGCAUCUGACCUGUGUUCGGGUCAGAUUCUACAGUUGUCUUAUCUUAUCAGUGACUGAAACCAGACUGUGACCCUGUGGCUCUCCUUAGGCAGAUCCCUGGAACGAGCCAGGGUUGAACAGAGUUCAGGCUAAACCCUCUGUCUCUCCUUGGGCAUCUUCUUGAUUAAUUACAGCAAGAUGGGGUGGAAGAGAGGGGUUGGGCUUGGGUAUGUUUGAGAGAUUGAUUGUGGACAUGCCAUGUCCAACAAUCAAUCUCCAGGUCAAGCCAGGGUGAGCCAGGGUUGAACAGAGUUCAAACUGAACAUGAUAAUUUUUACAUGACAGGGCUGUUAUUUGUGCAUACAUAGGAGGGGACGUCAGAUUUCGCCACUAUCAUAGACUAAGGAAGUGGGCGGAGCGGUCAAGAGGGGGAAACUGGAGACAGUGGUGGGGGAACCCAAGAGGGAGGGGUUAAGCUAAAAUGUAUGUAAUGUCACGUCUCCACCCGUUGCUCCCCUCCGGCGCUCUGAUUCGCCAGUCUACUGAGCCACCGGUUUGAGCACACCACCUCGGCUACACCGGAAUGGAAACCCAAUGCAACCUAAUCACCUCCAGCGCACCUGCACCUCAUCAUCUGAUCACCACCCCUAUUUAGCCCUGGACUGUUUUGGAUGAUGUUGUGUGUGAUUGUUUAGCUUCGUGUCGUUUACACUAUCGCUGUUUUUCUAUGGCUCAUUGUUAAGUAAACCUUGACCUUGUUAAUUCCUGCAUCUGCGUCCUGUCCUCUUCGUUUACUCAGUACGCGUCACAGAAUCACACACCAAAUAAAAUGGAUGCAGCAGGAGUUUCCCAGUGCCUCGACCAGCACCAGCAGCAGCUUGCCCAGUUGAACGCCGCCAUGCAGGAAGUGCUCCAAACUCUGCAUAAUCUACCCAGCGCUCUGGUUCCACCCCAGGGAGCGGCGAGUGCCCCCAAUCCACAUGUUCCCGUGCUAUCACCCACUCCUGUGAGAACCCGUCGCCCUACCGGAGCGCUAUGACGGUAAAACUACUAAAUGUAGCAGCUUCCUGCUACAGGUUUCCCUUUAUCUGCCACGUCAGCCUGGGGCAUAUCCAUCUGACCAAGCCAGGAUAGCGAUGGUGAUUUCACUUCUUAAAGGAAAGGCACUGGAUUGGGCCACGGCAGUCUGGGAAGGAAAGGAGGCAGUGGCACCUACCUACCCCACCUUCCUCGAUAGGUUCAGGGCGGUGUUUAAUCAUCCCACGGAGGGAAAGGCCGGGGGUGAGCGUCUCCUCCAUCUACAACAGAGAGAGGGGCCCGCGUCUGAGUACGCUCUGAGCUUUCACACGAUGGCGGCAUCUUCCGGCUGGAAUGAGCGUGCUCUGCGCAUGGCCUUCAGGAGAGGCUUACGGGAGGACAUUAAGAAGGAACUUGCAUGUCGGGACGAUGAGAUGGACCUUGAUACCCUCAUCACCACGUCCAUCCGUCUUGAUGACAGGUUGAGAGAGAAACACCUACCGGAGCCUCGACGCUCACCCCAUCUGAGCUAUGGAAGCCGCACUGCUUCCGAGUCCUCACCCAUGGAGGUGGGCAGCACCCCCUACACCACCAUGGACCACAGAUCUCCUGGCGGCUCCCUAUCUAGGCGGUAUGACUCCCGUCACCGCUCGGUGAGUGUUACGUCAGCUCCUAUCACAAAACCACAGUUUUUAGUUCCCAUAACGGUGACUGGUUAUUCCUUCUGUUCCAUUUCUACCGCAAUGAUAGAUUCCGGAUCAGCGGGGAACCUUAUAGAUAGGGAGCUGGUCUCUGAAUGGGGGUUGCCCACCAUGCCACUGCCAUCUCCGCUACACGUCACCUCACUGGACAAUAAACCCCUUGGAUCAGGCACCAUUACGCACAUCACUCUCCCCAUCACCAUCACCAUUCCCACACUACCGGAGCACCACGAGGAGCUGUCAUUCCACAUCGUUACGUCACCCCUUCACCGGAUCGUCUUGGGAUUGUCCUGGCUCAGUCUACACAACCCCACCAUCAAUUGGAGCACCAAGAGGAUCACAGCCUUGUCCACCUCAUGCCGGAAGACCUGCCUGCCGGUUUGUUGUUCCACGUCAGUGGAGAGUCCGGAGUCCGCCCUCCAGCCCAACAUUCCAAGUGAGUACGCAGACGAGUGGAAGACGGCAUUCAGCACUACCUCAGGCCACCAUGAAUACUGCGUCAUGCCGUACGGCCUCGCCAACGCACCUUCUGUGUUCCAGUCCUUCGUCAAUUACGUGUUCCAGGACAUGCUGAGUAGACAGGUGGUGGUGUACAUCGACGAUAUCCUGAUCUACUCGGCUACGUUCGAGGAGCACGUCAGGGACGUCCGAGCUGUCCUACUCCGCCUCCGGGAACACAGCCUGUUGGUGAAGGGGGAGAAAUGCGAAUUCCAUCAACAUGCCAUCUCCUUCCUGGGAUACUGGAUCAGUCCUCAAGGGGUGUUCAUGGAAGGAGUGAAGACGGACGCCGUCAGGUCAUGGCCAGUUCCCACCACCAUCAAGGGCCUACAGAGCUUCCUGGGCUUCGCUAAUUUCUACCGGCGUUUCAUCAGGUCCUACAGCUCCAUAGCCGCCCCGCUCACCUCUCUCCUUAAGGGUGGGCCUCAGAAGCUGGCCUGGAACCCUGAGGCUGACGCUGCCUUCAAGAGGCUGAAGGAGAGGUUCACCACAGUGCCCAUCCUAAAACACCCAGAUCCAUCUCGUCCUUUCAUACUGGAGGUGGACGCAUCAGAGGAGGGCGUGGGUGCGGUCCUCUCCCAGUGGCACGGUGAUCCAGAGAAAAUGUAUCCCUGUGACUUUUCUCUAAAAAGCUUACCCCCGCAGAGAGGAACUAUGGAGUUGGAGACAGGGAGCUGUUGGCGGUGGUCCUCGCUCUGGAGGAAUGCAGACACUGGCUGGAGGGCGCAGUCCAUCCAUUCUGGAUUCUUACUGACCACCGGAAUUUGGAGCACAUACUGGCAGCGUAACGGAUGAACUCUCGUCAAGCCAGGUGGGCCCAAUUUCUCACUUGCUUCCAAUUCAUUCUGUCCUACCGCCCAGGAUCCCAGAAUGUGAAGGCCGACGCACUCUCCAGGAUGCACCAUACCGGAGAAACAAAGGAUUUGGGGGGUCCUAUCCUGCCCUCGUCUCUCAUCAUUGUUCCUGUCAUUUGGGAUGUGGACGAAGACAUCCGCCUGGCGGCUCAGGAGGACCCAACACCUGCCAACACCCCUCCGGGGCGCGUGUAUGUACCCACCAGCGUCCGUGACCGCCUGCUGAUCUGGGCACACACCACCCUUACGGCAGGGCACUCUGGUAUUACGCGCACCAUGCAUUCUCUAGCCCAAAAAUACUGGUGGCCCACCUUGGCUUCUGAUGUCUCCUGCUACGUCAACUCCUGUUCCGUAUGUGCCCAAACGAAGACUCCUCGGAACGCCCCGGCAGGCAAACUAGUUCCUCUCCCAGUGCCUCAGCGACCUUGGUCACACCUGUCCAUAGACUUUGUCACCGACCUUCCACGUUCUGACGGCUUCACCACAGUCAUGGUGGUCGUAGAUCGGUUAUCCAAAUCAUGCCGUAUUUUGCCACUAACUGGUCUUCCUUCUGCUCUCCAGGUCGCUGAGAUCCUGUUCCAACAGGUCUUCCAGCAUUAUGGACUUCCGGAGGACAUUGUCUCGGACCGUGGCCCCCAAUUCACCUCCAGAGUGUGGAAGGAUUUCCUGGAGAAGAUCUGGGCCACGGCCAGCCUCACUUCCGGGUAUAGGCCUCAGUCGAAUGGGCAGGUGGAGCGCAUGAACCAGGAGCUGGGGAGGUUUCUUCGUUGCCACUGUCAGGACCGGCAGGGUGAGUGGGCGCGGUUUCUUUCCUGGGCAGAAUAUGCCCAGAACUCUCUUGUUCACUCCUCCAUGGGGCUCACUCCCUUCCAGUGCCGGCUCUGGCCCCUUGGACACCCAGCCAGACCGAUGCGUCCCGCUGUCGACGAGUGGUUCCACAGGGCCGGACAGGUCUGGGAUGCCGCCCAUGUCCAUCUCCAGAGGGCCAUUAGUCGGCAGAAGGACCAAGCCGACCGCCAACGCAGUGAGGCCACCUGGGGAUCGUAUCUAGCUGUCCACAAAAAACCUCCCUCUCCGCCUGCCCUGCAAGAAACGGAGCCCCCGGUUUGUGGGGCCUUUUAAGGUCACCCGGCGGAUAAAUGAGGUAUCAUACCGGCUGCUCCUUCCCCCUCACUACCGUGUCUCACCCACUUUUCAUGUGUCUCUCCUCAGGCUGGUGGUUCCUGGUCCUCUGGCAGAUGCCGUCCCCCGGGGUACGCUUCUUCUGCCCCUGGACAUUGAAGGGGGUCCGGCGUAUGCAGUGAAGGACCUGCUGGACUCCAGGUUCCGUGGGGGAUGUCUCCAUUACCUGGUGGACUGGGAGGCGUAUGGUCCUGAGGAGAGGAGCUGGGUUCCAGCUGGGGACGUUCUGGACCCCAACCUAAUUCGGGACUUCCACCGUCGCCUCCAUGACCGGCCCACUCCUCGUCCUCGGGGUCAUCCUCCUUGCCGGUGACGUCCAGCGGCUGGAGCCACGCGUCCUUGGGGGGGUACUGUCACGUCUCCUCCCGUUGCUCCCCUCUGGCUCUCUGAUUCGCCGGUCUACUGAGCCACCGGUCUGAGCACACCACCUCAGCUACACCGGAAUGGAAACUCAACGCACCCUAAUCACCUCCAGCGCACCUGCACCUCAUCACCACCCCUAUUUAGCCCUGGACUGUUUUGGAUGAUGUUGUGUGUGAUCGUUUAGCUUCGUGUCAUUUACUCUAUUUGUUAUUUCUCUUGCUCAUUGUUAAGUAAACCUUGACCUUGUUAAUUCCUGCGUCUGCGUCCUGCCUCUUUGUAUACUCCAUACGCAUCACAUGUAAAAUGAGAGCUGAGAGCUGGAAGGGAGAUGCUCUGCAGACCACUCGGCUUUGUCCAUUGUAAUAAAGUCUAUCUUAAUUCUACAAAAAAUACUUUGGUUCUUUGAUCAAUAUAAGGACGAAUUUGCCACAACACUAUCUACCUGGCUGACUCCCAUAUCUGUUGGCCCUUAGAUAACAAGAAGCCUUGCUUUGACAGCCCCCCACUUUCAGCUAUUCCAGAAUGGCCCCCAGAACAAUGGGUCAAUUUCAUAGCAAGAUGGAGGUAGGAGUGAGUUAUCAACACUGGGUCAUGAAAUGUUGGGGGGAAAGUCCAUUAUCCCAGUUUCUAAGGCAUAACUAGGGGAGACACUCCCAGUUGUAAGGAAUUCAAGGGCACUGGAUUCAGUGACAGACAGACAUGAUCGUUAGACCACAUCAAAUAGACUGAACAAGACAGCUUGUUGCUGAAGAACAGAGGUCAGGCAUUUUUCUUUAACAAGCUGCUUCAAAUAAUGCUGUGAGAGAGUGAUUGUUCUUAGGAGACAAGAUUAGGGCUAAUCUUUUAAUGAUUAAAGAGUAAUUCCACCACUCUUCAAGCUCAUUUUCAUCAUGUCCAGCACAUUAUGUAAAAACGGCGCAUUUCUGAGUAAUUAAAAGAUUAAAAGGUUAGGGUUAAAACAUUUUUUCAAACACUAUGAUAUUCAAGGUGAUGUGGGGAGCAAGAUAAUACCCUCCCUCUGGCUAGUAACUCCUUGCAGGUUUAGAAAAUCUUUAUUUAUUUAUAAAAAAUUUUCUACACUGUGAUGUCACAGAGAAGCAUUUUUGGGACCUUCCAGGGCUCCUCCCUUCAGCUGAUCUGGGAUAUAAAGGAUACUUGUCUUCCUGGCAGCACCAGAACAUCACACAUCACACACUCACAGGUACUAGGGGAUAAAUUAAAUCAAUUGGUGUUGUCUCUGGCUCUGGCUGGUCUCUUUCUUUCUCACAGAUCCUCUGUCAGAUCCUCUCAGGUCUCUCAGGUGUGACGGAACACGGAGCACUGAACGGAACACAGAAGGAGCUCCAGUAACAUCAGGAUUACCACAAGUUCUGCAGAGUUGGAGUUAGUUGGGGAUCGCUCAAUGCGUCUUAGGAUGGAUCAUUGCCAUCGUGUCCUGCACCCUGCCCAUGUGGCGAGUAACGGCCUUCAUCAGCAGCAACAUCGUCACGGCUCAGAUAAUCUGGGAGGGUCUGUGGAUGACCUGUGUGGUCCAGAGCACAAGCCAGAUGCAGUGUAAGGUCUAUGACUCCAUGCUGGCCCUCUCCCAGGACCUCCAGGCUGCCAGGGCCCUCACGGUCAUCUCUAUCCUCCUGGCCAUCCUGGCCGUGCUCAUCACCAUCGCCGGGGCCAAGUGCACCAACUGCAUCGAAGAUGAGGCAUCCAAAGCUAAAGUCAUGAUAAUCUCUGGGGUGUUCUUCAUCGUGUCGGGAUUCAUGCAGCUGAUCCCAGUGUCCUGGUUGGCCAACACUAUCAUCAGGGACUUUUACAACCCUCUGCUGACUGAUGCUCAGCGCAGAGAGCUAGGGGCAGCGCUCUACAUUGGCUGGGGGGCCUCAGCCCUCAUGAUCCUCAGCGGAAGCCUCCUCUGCUGCUCCUGUCCCCCUCGGAAGUACAACCCCUCACGGAUUGCAUACUCUGCUCCACGCUCUGCCCCAGGUGGGCCCGGGUUCGAGAGAAAAUACUAUGUGUGA